GGUGCUGACGAAGACGCUGGUGACUCCGCAACACGCAGAUAGAGCGGAUUGAAGGGAGCCUUACUGCAACAGAGACACAUGUUUAAACCAAUUUAAACGAAGAGGGAGAUAUUGUAACGCCGAGCUGAGGCCGUUACGUUCAUAUGAGUUAUUCGUACAGGGCAUCACAAGAAACCUAGCGGAGUGCACACGGAUAAUUGAAGUCUAACAGUUAGCUCGCGUUAGCCUGUUAGCUGGCUGAUAGCCCCGGAGCCGCUAUUUCGUGCUCUCUCGACCGGCACCUGCACGCCUUUGCUGCCCGUUAUUCUAACUAAUUACUCGGUACUAGUCAACGCCGUGGGUUCCUCCUCUGGUUCUUCAAUUAUUAAUUUUAAGUCACCGUAGUGACGCCAAAAAGAGGACCGCGAGAGGGUUUGGGGACCAGCAUACGACACAAUCGGUGGCCGUUCACCAUGGACAACGGACACACGAAGACGGUCGAAGAAGUUUACAGCUUUUUUAACGUGAAUGAGAGCACCGGUCUGAGUUCAGAGCAGGUGAAGAAACAACGGGAACGAUAUGGACCAAACGAAUUGCCGGCUGAGGAAGGUAAAUCCCUUUGGUCACUAGUGGUUGAGCAGUUUGAAGAUUUGCUUGUCAGGAUCCUUUUACUUGCUGCCUGCAUAUCCUUUGUGCUGGCCUGGUUUGACGAUGGAGAAGAAACCAUUACAGCCUUUGUGGAGCCUUUUGUUAUCCUGCUAAUUCUCAUAGCAAAUGCCAUUGUCGGAGUUUGGCAGGAGCGAAAUGCAGAAAAUGCCAUUGAAGCGCUCAAGGAGUAUGAGCCAGAGAUGGGCAAGGUGUACCGGCAGGACAGGAAAAGCGUCCAGAGAAUCAAGGCCAGGGACAUUAUGCCUGGCGACAUCGUGGAGGUGGCAGUCGGUGAUAAGGUGCCAGCAGACAUCAGACUGUCUUCUAUUACGUCAACAACACUGAGGGUCGACCAAUCUAUUCUCACAGGAGAGUCUGUGUCUGUAAUUAAACACACUGACCCUGUGCCCGACCCGCGUGCUGUCAACCAGGACAAGAAGAACAUGAUCUUUUCUGGCACCAACAUUGCAGCUGGUAAAGCCAUCGGUGUCGUCGUGGCUACAGGUGGCAAUACAGAGAUUGGCAAAAUCCGGGAUGAGAUGGCCGCGACGGAGCAGGAGCGAACACCACUGCAGAAGAAGCUGGAUGAGUUCGGACAGCAACUAUCCAAGGUUAUUACACUGAUCUGCAUUGCUGUGUGGUUGAUCAACAUUGGACAUUUCAAUGAUCCUGUCCACGGAGGCUCCUGGAUCCGAGGUGCCGUCUACUACUUUAAGAUUGCUGUGGCUCUGGCAGUCGCUGCUAUUCCUGAGGGACUGCCUGCCGUCAUCACUACUUGCCUGGCCUUAGGAACACGGCGCAUGGCCAAGAAGAAUGCCAUUGUCCGCAGUUUGCCGUCGGUGGAGACCCUUGGCUGUACAUCUGUCAUCUGCUCUGACAAGACUGGCACGCUGACCACCAAUCAGAUGUCUGUGUGCAGGAUGUUCAUCAUUGAUCAGGCAGAGGGCGAUCAUUGUUCAUUAAAGGACUUCACUAUUUCUGGCUCCACAUAUGCACCAGAUGGACAAGUGUUCCAUGAUGACAAACCAGUGAAAUGUUCCCAGUAUGAUGCUUUGGUGGAGCUGGCCUCCAUCUGUGCCCUCUGUAAUGAUUCCUCAUUGGACUAUAAUGAGUCCAAAGGUGUGUUUGAGAAGGUGGGUGAGGCCACAGAGACGGCUCUCACAUGCCUGGUGGAGAAGAUGAACGUGUUUGAUACAGAUGUUAAAGGCCUGACCAAGAUUGAGCGAGCCAACGCCUGUAAUUCUGUGAUCAAGCAGCUGAUGAAGAAAGAGUUUACUCUGGAAUUUACAAGAGACAGGAAGUCCAUGUCUGUGUACUGCACUGCUAAUAAGGCCCGCUCCUCUGUGGGCAAGAUGUUUGUAAAGGGUGCCCCUGAGGGAGUGAUUGACAGGUGCUCACACAUCCGUGUCGGCAGUAGCAAGCUGCCCAUGACCCCUGGCAUUAAGGAGAAGCUCCUGUCUAUGAUCAGGGAAUAUGGGACUGGCAGGGACACGCUGCGCUGCCUGGCUCUUGCCACACGAGACCAGCGCAUGAGCAAGGACGAGCUGAAGUUGGAGGACACCGCCCGCUUUGUUGAAUAUGAGACUGACAUGACAUUUGUUGGCUGUGUGGGCAUGCUGGAUCCUCCCAGGGCAGAGGUGGCAGCCUCAAUUAGACUCUGCCGCCUUGCAGGCAUCAGAGUAAUUAUGAUUACUGGGGACAACAAGGGGACGGCAGUGGCCAUCUGCAGACGUAUUGGAAUCUUUGGCGAGAACGAUGAUGUUUCCAGCAUGGCAUUCACUGGCCGGGAGUUUGAUGAUCUGUCACCUGCUGCACAAAGAGAAGCUGUGGUCACGGUCCGCUGCUAUGCCCGUGUUGAGCCGUCGCAUAAAUCCAAGAUUAUUGAGUAUCUGCAGUCCCAUGAUGAGAUUACAGCCAUGACUGGUGAUGGAGUUAACGAUGCUCCUGCUCUCAAGAAGGCUGAAAUUGGUAUCGCGAUGGGCUCAGGCACCGCUGUGGCCAAGAGUGCCUCCGAGAUGGUUCUGGCUGAUGACAACUUUUCCACCAUCGUAGCUGCAGUUGAGGAAGGCCGAGCCAUUUAUAACAACAUGAAGCAGUUCAUCAGAUACCUCAUCUCUUCCAAUGUGGGAGAAGUUGUCUGCAUCUUCCUGACUGCAGCGCUGGGCUUCCCCGAAGCCCUGAUCCCUGUUCAGCUGCUCUGGGUCAACCUGGUGACCGAUGGUUUGCCCGCCACUGCUUUGGGCUUCAACCCACCAGACCUGGACAUCAUGAGCAAGCCACCACGCAACGCUCGCGAGCCCCUCAUCUCCGGAUGGCUCUUCUUCAGAUACCUAGCCAUCGGAUUUUAUGUUGGUGCUGCCACCGUUGGUGCUGCUUCCUGGUGGUUUGUUGCUGCUGAGGAUGGCCCAAGGAUCACAUUUUACCAGCUGAGCCACUUCCUGCAGUGCAGCCCAGAGAACCCGGACUUCGCAAAUCUGGACUGUAAGGUGUUUGAGUCCCCUUACCCGAUGACCAUGGCCUUGUCUGUGCUGGUCACCAUUGAGAUGUGCAAUGCCCUAAACAGUGUGUCAGAGAACCAGUCGUUGCUGAGGAUGCCUCCCUGGGAGAACGUGUGGCUGCUGGGAGCCAUCUGCCUCUCCAUGAGCCUUCACUUCCUCAUCCUCUAUGUGGAGCCUCUCCCAAUCAUCUUCCAGAUCACCCCACUGAAUCUGACACAAUGGCUGACGGUGCUCAAGAUGUCACUGCCCGUGAUUCUACUUGACGAGAUUCUAAAGUUUGCCUCCAGGCACUACCUGGAGUUCGGUAAAAAACAGGAGAAGCCUGACGGAUGCAAAGGCUGCUGCCUGUCUGCAUGUAUGGAGGGCAUCUCCUGGCCCUUCGUAGCCGUGUCCCUCCCCUUGGUCCUUUGGAUCUACAGCACCGACACUAACAUGUCCGACAUGUUCUGGUCCUGAUUGACUUGAGCACAACUUCGACUUUUCCAUUUCCUCCUCGCCCCCACCGCCAUCACCUCCCUCUGUCCUCUCUGGCUUCCUUUGUGUGCAUAGCUUGCGAGUGUGCUUGUUUGUAGAGUUAGUGUGUGUGUACUUGUGUGUGUGUACAAGAAGGACCAACUUUAACUCAUGAAUGGAACAAAUGGUAUAAGAUGUUAACACUGAGAAGUCACCUGUUUUGAGUUGGGAUGGCAUUCCUGGAUGGGUGAGUGUUAGAAGACCAUCACUCCUGUAGCUGUGGACUUUGUUGCUGGUUUGAAAAAAUAUAUACUGUUGACAGUUAUUUUCUUUGUAUUAUUGUUAAUAUUGCCUUUUAAGGUUUAUAUUUUUUAUGAUUUGGGGAAUAUCGGUUGUCUUAAGUCACUACAGUAACGACAGCAAAUUAUUUUGUCUUCGCUUCCCUCUUCAUGAAGAGAUCAUUAAGAUAUCAGAAACCCAUUGAUCUGUACAAAGAUAGAAUUUUAUGCAACCUUUUAUUUUUUUGAAUGGCUUCGUCACUUGUUUGACUCGUGUGUCUGAGACAUACCGCCUUCAUUUAUGUUCUCAUGUUUACCAUUGUGUCUUCAGUAUGAACUCAGAACUCUCUCAGAGAGGACGAGCUCCGUGUGGCGGACGAGGAAAGGUUUGGGAGUGAACGUUUGAAUGCUCCGCUUAAACAAAUAAAAACAAAAAAAAGUAAAAUCAAAAGCCGCAUGUCCUGUGACCAAGCAUGAACUGUGUGUGGUUUCUCAUUCCUAAUUUAAUUGUGAUUGUCUCCCCCACCCCCCAAUGUUAAGUAUACAUUAACUUCAUGGAUGUGUUUUUUUUACUAUAAUUUGAAAACAAGCCAGGUUUUCUGCACUGGGCAGAGCACAGCUACCUCAAUGUGAUACAACAAGAUAUUUCUUUGCUCAUCUCUAGAUGGUUUCCUCGACAGUCUUGCUAAAGCGUAACAUCUGAGGUGUGCCCCUAUUUACUUGUGCAGAAAACAAGAACAACAUUUCCCUUUAACACUAUUAAGGAUAUAUUUUGUUUGUGUUGAUUUUUGACUUUCUUUAAUAUUUGUACUUUGCUUUGGAGACGGAACCGAGUGGGGAUGAUGUAUAUUAAUAACCAUCUCCAUAGCGUUUGAUUCAAAGGACGGUAAUAUUCAAAUCCUAAGAAAACAAUACUAAUGCUGAACGUAAUCCAAAUGAACUUGGAUUGCAAAUAAGAACCCAAAAUGUUGUUUUUUUACUUCAAGGAAAAAUACACCCAUAAACCUUUGAAUCAAAGUGUUUUCUGUCUUUAUUUAAUAUGAUUGAGGCCUAUGGCUGUCAACAUUAUUCAUAACUAAUGUUUUGUGUGUGAGCAUAUAAUACUUGAAUAGAAAUAAUGUCAGACCCAUGAAUGCUUCAGUGUCCUUGGCACAACAUGACGAGCAGGAGAUCUCCCACCACAAAGAACUGGUGUCUGACGGGCUUUAGUAGUUGGCGUGUUUAGUUGUACAUGUUGAAACGGAGUCCAUAACGUCAGCUGCACUCAUCUCAGACCACUUGAGCUUAAUUAUGUUGCGUGUGAAAUAUAAGCGUGUUUCUUUGGGUAUAAGCCUGGGCGUGUGCGUGUGUUCCACUUAACAACUGUGUGCUUUCCUUCCUCAAUGCCUUCCAUUGGCUCCCUGUCACUAGAGUGAGUAUCCAUUUGCUGUGUUCACACUCUACUAAAUCACUUCAUUAGACUAACGAAACUCCACAGCAGAGAAACAUUCCACCGUUAAAUAGGGAAGCUUUUUGGGAAAUGUCCGAAGUCACUGAAAGGAGUCGUAAACACAGUGAGGGAGGGAUCUUGUGUUGCUGAGCUAUACAAAUGAACAUUGAUUAGGGGUUGGUGUUGACCACGUUCGCUAUUGUGAAUGUCACUGCUGUUCUUUUCACCGCUCUGACACUUGCCGUUAAUCCCCAACAAAUAUAAUCUAUAUUGGUAGUGUGGUUGACAAAUGUAACAGUUUACAGUCUUUGGUACUAAUGUUUUUUCCCCUCUGUUUUAGGUUGGCUCUCAUAAAAGCUUCCUGAAUUGUAAAGAGUGGGCUCAGAGGCUGGAGUAGCCCACUGUCCAGCAUGUGUGCGCACUCUUAAUUCUGCAUAGCGGUGACACACAAUGACCAGGAGUGUGUGUGUUUGUGUACCCACACUUGCACAGACAAAAAAGGACAUUAUUUUCACAGUAAUGAGACCAAAUACAUAAGGGUGUUCUUGAAAGUGGUUGGGCUGGAAAUACACUCUUGGUGCACCACACACACGCACACUUAUCACACUUAUACCUCUGUACAAAUGCUAUAUUGUUAUGACACUAUUCCAGUUUUUGUGUGUGCCCUCAACGGUCCUUGCAUGAAGAUCUUGUUUCCAACUUCCAUGGUAGCUCAUCACGUAGAGACUUCUUUAGCAACGGGGUUGAACGCUCUUAGUGUACAAAACAUUCAUGCAUGCGUUUCAGCUGUAUGUAGGCUUUGCAAUUUGUAUUUAUAGAUUCUAAUGUAUAAUACUCAAAUGACAUUAAGAUGGUUUUAAGACGGCUAUAUCGUAGAUAUGUAAAUCACUGUUUUUAAUUGUAACAGUUUGAGUAAUUAGCACAAUAUUGGACAUGGCGAGAUGACUCAUGCUGAACUUAACUGCUCCACUUGAGUUUUUUUAUUUCCCCUUUUGACAACUACUGUAGGCUGAACUCUGAUCAUUUACUUUUUCAUGAAGCAGUCCUUUGCAAUAAGGACAACAAACACUUUGAUUCAUAGGUAAUCCUGCAAUACAACAGUUGUCUUAUUGCCUCUGCAUUAUUAUUAUUAUGUUUAUGUAUCUUUAUCAAUUGCUGUAAAACUGUGAUUUAAAGUGAGGGGAUCUGUGCCGGCCCCCUCAGCGACACCUAAUCGGACAACAAUAACAUGUAAAAAGCCGAUCAUUAUUGAUGACUAAUAAUGGUUGUACAUGCAUUACUAAGGUUGCGGUUUCAGGUAAAUAAAACAACGUAUUUGAAUUGUA